ACCUGCUGAAAUGGCGGCACAGCGGGAGCGCGGUCUCUGCUAUAAUUGUGAUGCUAAAUUCACGAAAGGCCAUCGAUGUAAUCCUCCUCAGUUCCUCUGCAUAAUGAUACAAGAUGAGGAUUCUGAUGACAUUCUUUAUGAUCACCAGGAACCACCUGAGGUUACGGUAGAAACCGAACCACCUGAUACUGAACUCGAAUUGGAUAACACUCCAUGUAUCUCUUACCAUGCUCUUAAUGGAUUUCUUGUUCCCUCCACCUUAAAAAUAGCAGGCAAAAUAUUUGGCAAACCAGUCGUAGUCUUGAUUGAUAGCGGCUCCACGAACAACUUUAUUCAAACCAGAUGGGCUCAUCAUUUGAGCCUACCUGUCCAACCCUCCUCUCAUCUCAAGGUCACAGUUGGCAACGGAGAGACCUUGACGUGCGGCGGCGAAUGUCUUCAGGUUCCACUCCAACUAGGAGACACGGUGUUUCAAGUUGAUCUCCUUUUGUUAUCAGUUUUUGGUGCGGAUAUAGUACUUGGCAUCCAUUGGUUGCCACAACUGGGCCAAAUUGUCUUUGACUACAACGAGCUAUGGAUGGAGUUCACAUGUGACGGGGUCCGGACUCGACUUCAGGGCAUUAAACAAACCAACCUGCAUGACUCCACCAAUUCCUCUCUCCGACGUCAGCUUCAUACUAAUACUGUGAGUCAAUUCUUACACAUUUCCAUUUCUUUGGACGAGACUCCACCAAAACAUCAUUCAUUGACCCCGGUCAUCGUGGAUGCCACUGCACCCCAACUCUUUGCGGACCAACUUCACGACCUCCUCUCCAGGUAUGAAGAUAUAUUCUCUGUUCCUAUAGGGUUACCGCCAGUCCGGGAGUUCGACCAUCGGAUCCCACUCCUCCCUUCCGCCGCACCCGUAAACGUCAGGCCAUAUCGUUAUCCGCAUUCUCAGAAAGCAGAAAUCGAACGACUGGUGGGUGACAUGUUAACGGAGGGUAUCAUACGUCCCAGUUCUAGUCCCUUCUCCUCACCGGUCAUACUUGUUAAGAAGAAGGAUGGCUCGUGGAGGUUCUGUGUGGAUUAUCGGGCCCUGAAUACCAUUACGGUGAAGGACCGCUUCCCUAUUCCCACUGUGGAAGAACUCCUCGAUGAGCUUGCCAACGCGCAGGUUUUCUCAAAGCUCGAUCUGCGUUCUGGUUACCACCAGGUACGCAUACAUCCAUCUGAUAUUGAGAAAAGCGCGUUUCGAACGCAUGAAGGGCAUUACGAAUUUCUCGUAAUGCCCUUUGGCCUCUCAAACGCUCCUUCCACCUUUCAAGCACUUAUGCAAUCUAUUUUUCGCCCUGCCAUCCGGAGGUUCGCCCUCGUCUUCUUCGACGACAUUCUCAUUUACAGCACGUCAUGGGAGAGUCAUCUUGAACACCUACAGCUUAUCUUCUCCCUCUUCCGUGCACACAAACUCUUCGCCAAGCGAACUAAAUGCGCCUUCGGCUGUUCUAGCAUCAACUAUCUUGGCCACAAAAUUUCUGGACGGGGAGUCGAAAGUUGACCCAGAAAAAAUCACAGCCAUCC